GCGCGAGCCCCGGAGUCCUGCCAGUGGGCCCCGGCGCUCCCAGGCCACUCCGCUCAGCUCGCACUUAGGAGAUCUGGACCCUUUUCUUCAUGGCGUCGCUGCUGUGCUGCGGGCCGAAGCUGGCCGCCUGCGGCAUCGUCCUCAGCGCCUGGGGAGUGAUCAUGUUGAUAAUGCUCGGAAUAUUUUUCAAUGUGCAUUCCGCUGUGUUAAUUGAGGACGUUCCCUUCACGGAGAAAGAUUUUGAGAAUGGCCCCAAGGACAUCUACAACCUCUACGAGCAAGUCAGCUACAACUGUUUCAUCGCAGCGGGCCUUUACCUCCUCCUUGGAGGCUUCUCUUUCUGCCAAGUUCGGCUCAAUAAGCGCAAGGAGUACAUGGUGCGCUAGAGCACGGUCCUGCUUCCCCUCUCCAGCUCCCUCCUCUAUUUAAAGUCUCCCUACCCCGCACCCGGCUCGCGCCCCACCCAUGCCGGCAUCCCUGUGGGGCUGGGUUUCCCUGGCGAGACCGAAUCCCUCUUCUCCAUUCUCUGGCGUCCAAUCCUGAAGCGUGGAGGGGCUCGGGCUGGCGGAUUCCUGUCUCCAGCCCCCUCGCCUUGUCCGGAACCAAUAAAGAAAAACUGCGCUCUCAA